GGCAGUGGCGCGGCUCAGUCAAAACAGCCGGGUAGUUGCUGCUGUUGCUGCUGGGGUGGAAAUACCGACUUUUCUCCUGAGAACCUAUAUUAGUCUUUAAAACGUAAACUUCACCAUGACCAACAAAGUGACCCCUCUCCUUUUCAAGGCGCUGCUGCAGAUGUCUGAAGCACAUUACUCAAAAGGUGUACGAGGGACCGGUAAAAGAACAAACAUCAGACACUUGUGGGGCUCCUGUGGGGCCUUGGCAGCGAGAAGGACCAGCAUGCCUCUCUGCCCCGCCACCCCCCUCAGCACAGACAGCCGCAGCUUCAUCAACCUGGCUGCUCCCAUCAGCGCUCGCAGGAUGGAGUAUACCGAGUGCCGGACAUUAGGGUUUACCCCAGAGCAGAUGUAUGAUGUGGUGGCCAGUGUGGACCAGUACCAGCACUUUGUUCCCUGGUGCAAGAAGUCUCGUGUCACAAGGAGACAAAAUGGUGACGUCCAGGCGAAUCUCGAAAUAGGUUUCCCCCCCAUCGUGGAGCGCUACACCUCUGAAGUCACUGUCAUCCCAAAUCACCAAGUCAGGGCCGUGUGUACUAAUGGAUCCCUCUUCAGCCAUCUGGAAACAAUAUGGAGGUUUGCCCCUGGAGCCAAAGACCUACCAGCCUCCUGCAAAAUCUAUUUCUAUGUGUCAUUUGAGUUCAAGUCUCUCCUGCACUCUCAGCUGGCCGGCGUGUUCUUUGACGAAGUGGUUAAACAGAUGGUCAAGGCCUUUGAGUCACGAGCAUCAACUCUUUACAGGAGCCAGCAGGGGGCGCCAUUGAGGAGCCGGUCAACAUGAGGCGUUUGUCCUCCCAUAUCAUCCACAUCCCCUUCAAAGCCUGCUCUUACUGUUAAAACAUGUCCUACAAAGAAGUCACAGAAGGCUGGAUCUUCUUCUUUUUUGGACACAGUCUUAUACUUACAUUUACAUGCACAUUGAACAUACUUAAAAACAUUAUUUAUAAUUAUAAGCCAGUCACAAGCUAAUUUAUUUAUUUUUUCUUGUUAAAUUGUGGAUUUACAAACAAGUGACAACUGAUCAGUGCAGAAACAACAAGUGUUGAGCUAUUAUUUGUUUGUGGAAAUAAAAAGCUCUUAUAUUAGUUAUACUAUGUCCAUGUUUUAUUAAUUGCGUGUAUUAUUUUAAUGUGCUGUUUUUAAUUUCCUUUUUUUAUAAUUGUAUCAUGGGCCCCAGUGUCUUGGCCUGUCCCACAAAGGAUUUCAAGGCCUUUGUCGGAUUGGCCAAAGGUUUGACAAAAGAUAGUGUGCCAACAGGAACAGUUGCAUAAGAAUAAUACGAGUGACCUUAGGCUACAGUCAACACUUCGCUCCUGGCUUUACUCUCAUAGGUGAUGAUCUGUUUUCAUGAGAAGAAACAUGUUAAAGGUCACCUAUUAUGCAAAA